CACUGUUGCAAUUAAACCAGUGUAGAUAUAUGGCGUCGAGUUCGAUGAGCGCGUCGUGGACCGCGAAGGAGAACAAGAUGUUCGAGAAGGCGUUGGCAGUGUUCGACCGCGACACGCCGGACCGGUGGCACAAGAUCGCUCACGCCAUGGGUGGCAAGACGGCGGAGGAAGUGAAGCGCCAUUAUGAUCUGCUUGUUGAGGACGUCCGUCGCAUCGAAGCCGGCCAAAUGCCUUAUGCCAAUUACAGGUCCUCCAACCGCAGAGGUUGAAGUACUACCUCAGGAGAGAGGAAGUGCAAAAGCAUCAAGCAAUUUAUUUCCCGUAUGUUAACUCCUCUUUUUCUGG